AUGGCUCCGGCGCCGAAGAAGCCAGCCGCCGUGCAGGCUGAGGUCGCCCUCUUGCACUCCCUGAAGAACUGUCUCGUCAACCUACCCGCCUCGCUGGUCUCGGUGCUUGUGAACGCGAACACCGUUGCGCAAAAUGUCGUUGUUGAACUCACGUACCGUCAAGCGAGCUUCGACAGCUCUGCGGCUUCCAAUGGCCCCAAAUCCGUUCAGCGAUCCGUCUUCCUCGGAUGGACGGGAAUGCAGGCCCAAACCAAGCCUGCUCCGGUUGUCGGUAGGGAUGGACUUGCAGGAAGCAGAGGGACAUCUGUCAGCAGGGAGCAGGACGUCGCUGCCGUCGAACUGGAUGCCACGUUCGGCCGUCUGCUGGGGCUUAGCAAUGGCCAGAAGGUCGGCAUCUUGCUGCAUCUGGAUCCUCCGCAAGCCCACACCAUCAAUAUCGAGCCCUUGACGCCCGCCGAUUGGGAGAUGAUUGAACUCCAUGCCCAAUUCCUGGAACUUAAUUUCCUGUCGCAGGUCCGCGCUUUGCCUAACCCCGCCUUCGCACCGCCCUCCGAAGCCGACAAGCAGCCCGCGCAUCCCCUCACUCUCCAUCUAUCCCCGACGUCAACCGCCAAUAUAAUAGUAACCUCGCUAAAUCCCGCACCCCCACCUGCUUCCCCAUUCGUAAAGAUAUCACCUGACGCCGAAGUCAUUGUUGCACCCAAAACUCGCCAAAAGCCAGGCCGUGGAGACAGCAGGAGCGUCGCAAGUACAAGUCGUAAGAGCCAGGGUGGGCGGAGUUCAGCCAGUACCGUGAGGCGGAGAAGCAGAAAAGAUGAUGCUAGCAGUCGUGGUGCCGUCUUCCUGCGGGGUGUUGACCGUGCAUUGGGCGGCGAUUGGUUCGACGAUUUGGAGGAGAACAUGCAAAACGCGGGCUUGAAGGUGUGGAUUGAUCGGGAUCUACUUCUUCUCAAAGCCUUGCGCGGGGUGACUUGGGUCUAUGUUUCCAUUGUCAAGCCAACUGGGAUCCAGGAGCCUGUCGAUCCGCAAAAAGAGGUAGAAACUGAAAAACCCGGGAUAAAGAUUGUGGCACGGUUGGAUGCUUGGGAUGACGCCCCCGAUAGUCAGCACGUCGCCAUGUCCACGACUUUGUGCAGGGCACUUGGAGCAGAGGGUCUACUCGGUGGUCUAGUCCGGAUUGAAGCUGCGCCUCCACAGGCUCAUAAAUCCUCCCUCAUGAAGACCACUCCGGUCAAGGCCCUGAAAAUCUUCCCUUUUGCGUCGGCCGCGAUCCAACAAAACACAGGCCUGAAGUUUGGUGGCGAAUCGAAACAGGAAAAGGAGGAAGUUGCGCAAAACAUCAGAGAACUUUACGGUCAAGAUCGCGUCAAUGCUAUUCUCGACGGUCCGCUGACGUGCGGCAUGGUUUUACCUCCUGUAGAAGGCAAGGAGAACCUGUGGGCGGGUGCAAUCCUCCGGUUCGACCCACCAUCUAGCACUGUGCCAGACUCUGCCAAAUCCCCGGCCUGGUUUCUGGGAGCGGAGAAGAAGGGGAUUCCGCUCGAGGUCGAACCAGAUAUCAGCAAGCCAUCCAACAUACUUCAGAGCUGGUCACCAGGCGAGGCGCUUCCGUCGGCGCCGCCAACUCUGGUUGGCAUAGACCAGCUCAUUGAGCAGCUCAUGUCUCAUCUGACCCAUUCUUCGUCAGUUCUCUUGACCGGCGGACUUGGUGCUGGCAAAACCGGCCUUGCACAACUCUUGGCGCAUCGUCUUCGAAACGAGUACCUUUUCCACGCCGCCUAUUUCCCUUGCCGCUCGCUUGUCACGGAUGAGACACGUGUGUCAACCAUCAAGGAGACAUUAGGCAGGCUGUUUGCUGCAGCUGCUUGGGGUGCCAGACUAGGCGGCCACUCCGUCGUCAUUCUAGACGAUCUGGACAAACUCUGCCCGGUUGAGACAGAACUGCAAGUGGGCGGCGAAAACGGCAGGAGCAGGCAUAUCAGCGAGAGCAUAUGCUCCAUCGUCAAACAGUAUUGCUCAAUGGACUCGAGAGUGGUUCUUCUAGCCACGGGCCAGAGCAAAGAAGCAGUUCAUAACGUCAUUAUUGGCGGUCACGUUGUUCGAGAGAUUGUUUCCCUCAAAGCACCAAAUAAAGAGGGAAGAAGAAAAGUGCUCGAGAAGCUGGUCCUUCCAGAUGGCGAGGCAAACCGCUUUUCAAAGCUAAACGGGACAAGCAGCCAUCAGCCAUCAGCGUCAAAUGGAAAUGCCUGGAUGGAUGGCUCCGUAUCUGGAGGUAGCCGACCAAGCACAUCCCACAAGGCGGCUGAGGACAGUUUCCUUGUCGAUCCGAACAUCGAUUUCUUAGACCUCGCCGGACAAACCGAUGGUUACAUGCCGGGCGAUCUUGUCUUACUUGUAUCUCGAGCAAGAAGCGAAUCUCUGAUACGUUCUGUGAGCGACACUUCACUCUCACAAUCAGACUCAGUCAUCCUCACGCAAGACGAUUUCUCCCGCGCCCUCGACGGAUUCACGCCAGCAUCACUCCGCAACGUGACUCUCCAAUCCAGCACCACGCGCUGGGACUCAAUCGGCGGUUUGCACGCGACCCGUCAAACGCUCCUUGAAACCCUACAAUACCCCACUACCUACGCCCCUAUCUUCGCACAAUGCCCGCUACGCCUACGUUCGGGUCUCCUUCUUUACGGCUACCCUGGUUGCGGAAAGACUCUGCUCGCCUCUGCCGUCGCUGGUGAAUGCGGGCUCAAUUUCAUCAGUGUCAAAGGACCCGAGAUCCUCAACAAGUACAUCGGCGCCUCUGAGAAAAGCGUACGGGACCUGUUCGAGCGAGCAGAAGCCGCCAAACCCUGCGUCCUCUUCUUCGACGAGUUCGACUCGAUCGCGCCGAAGCGUGGCCACGACAGCACGGGCGUGACGGACCGCGUCGUCAACCAGCUGCUCACGCAGAUGGACGGCGCCGAGGGCCUGUCGGGCGUGUACAUCCUGGCCGCGACGUCGCGUCCGGACCUGAUCGACCCGGCGCUGCUGCGCCCCGGCCGCCUGGACAAGAGCCUGAUCUGCGACAUGCCGAGCUUCGAGGAGCGCGUCGACGUGCUCAAGGCCGUGACCCGCAAGCUGCGCGUCUCGCCCGCCGUCCUCGACGACACGGGCGGCGACGCGCAGACGAUCCGCGAGAUUGCGCGCCGCACCGAGGGCUAUUCGGGCGCCGACCUGCAGGCCGUUGCGUACAACGCGCAGCUCGAAGCCAUCCACGACGUCCUCGGUGACGACGACCUCCUCGUCGAGGAUGACGAUAACAGCGCCGCCGCCGCGGGCAAGCAGUCCAACGGCGUCGGCAAGGAGAAGAAGAGACUGGACUUCAUGCACUUCCGCUUCGGCGACCAGGAGGACGACGGAGCCGCGGAGCAAGACGAAGGCGCGAGCGAGAGGCAGAAGGCGGCGGCGCUCGGCGAGCGCGCCCGCCUCGCUGCGCGCAUCCAGGAGAUGCAGGCGCUGCGGCGGAAGCAGAAGGAGCUCCAACAGGCCGCCGCCGCCGCAGCAUCAAACAUGCCCGCCCGUGGGCUGAACAGCAAGAAGAAUGGCAGUGGUGACGACGACGAAGGCGGCGAAAAGGAGAACAAGGAGCCCGUCAUCGAGUGGCGCCACUUCGAGUCCAGCCUCGCGACCACGCGCAGCUCCAUCUCCGAACAGGAGCGCCGCCGCCUCGCCGGCAUCUACCGCGAGUUCGUCGUCGGCAGAAACGGCGAGAUGCCGUCCGGGCAGGGCGGCACCGAGAUUGGGGGGAGGACGAGUUUGAUGUAG